AUGAAUGAAGAAGAAUCAGAAAUUAAAAUGUCUGAGCUUUUGACCUCAGAUAACUUACUAGAUUUUGCUUCUUCAAUAAAAUGUGAAAAAAGUGGAUCUUUAAUGAGAGAAGGUCCUGGUCGUGUCGUAUCUUCAGCUACAAAUAGUACAAACCAUGUUCUUUGUGUUCAUGGCCAUGGGAAAUUGCUGGAGUUAUUUAUUUUUAGUGGAGAUGGUGAAGCAUUAGAACGUUUGCGUAAUCGUCAACGAAAAUUUAGGAAAAAGGCUUCUAAGCGCGAUGAAAAUAUUGAAGACACAGCAUUUUUAAAUGAAAAAAAUCCUGCAUUACAAGAUGUGGUUCGACGAUUACCUCCUAUUUUAACGGACUACAAAAUAAGGUCCGCUGAUUUGGUUGUAACCCAGACUCACGUUAAGGUUGUUGUAAGUAUGGCAGAUAACACUUUGGCGUUUUAUUCUUUAUCAUUAGGAGUUGGUAAAGAAGUAAAAUUAAUUCGUAAGAUUUCGUUACACGGCCAUAGAUCAAAUGUUAGAGUUAUAUCAUUUAGUUCAGAUAAUUUAGCAAUGUUCACUGGAGGUUCAGAGUCUAUCAAAAUGUGGAGCAGGAAAACUCUUAACUGUAUUCGAACUGUCGAGACAUCUAGUGCUGUUCAGUGUUUAUGUGUGCUUCCUGGUGACCGACACAUUUUAGCUGGACUGGAAGAUGGUAAAUUGUUGGUAAUUGACAUAGCUGCAGGAGAUAUUAUUGAAAGCAUUUCUGCUCAUCAAAAAGAUUUGAAGUCAAUUUAUAUGUUACCAGAUGAGUUAGGUUGUGUAACAGGUGGUGGAGAUAGCACAGUUAAACUAUGGCAAUUAGAACUGGUAACUUUGCCGAGUUCUGAUAGAAAAGUGUUAUCGUUGUUACACUUGAAGACAUUAGAGUUAGAUGAAAAUGUACAGUGCGCAAGAGUAAGCCCAGAUAACAAAUUGCUAGCAGUUGCUCUUUUAGAUAACACAGUCAAAAUCUUUUUUAUGGACACAUUUAAGCACUUUAUUGAUCUUUAUGGACACACAUUACCAGUAAAUGAUAUGGACAUAAGUUAUGAUUCGUCAAUCAUUAUAACUGCAAGUGGUGAUAAGACAAUCAGAAUUUGGGGCUUGGAUUACGGAGAUUGUCAUAGGCGCUUAACAACAGAGUCUACAUUGACUAGUAUUAAAUUUAUUCCUAUGACUCAUCAGUUUUUCACUUCAGACAAAAAUGGAAACAUUAAACAUUGGGACGCUGAUGUCUUUGAAAGAGUUUUAACACUUCAAGGUCACCGAGGUGAAUGCCGCAAUAUGUCUGUGAGCGGAAAUGGUUAUUAUGUUGUGAGUUGUGGACAAGACAAUGUUAUACGCUUAUAUGAAAAAACAGAAGAGCCCCUUGUAUUAGAAGAUGAACGGGAAGAAGAAAGAGCACAAGAAGAUGAUAAAGAAUUAGCCACUGGCGAAGAAACCAAUGUAUAUGGAGGGCCAUCUGUUCUCGCAUUGCCGACAAAAAAAACCAUUUCAUCAGAGAAAGCUGCUGAAUUAUUGUUGGAAUGUUUAAAUGUAAUCAAAGAAUACAAAGAUAACCUAUUGGAAAGUGAAAAUAAAGGUGUAGACAAACCAACAUUACCAAUAAUAAUGACCGCGUUUAAUGUUAAAACCACUGAUGAUUAUUUAUUGGAAAUAAUUAAAAGGAUACGCUCCAGUGAGUUGGAAGAGGUUUUAUUACUUAUGCCUUUUUCAAGCGUAUGUUAUUUUAUGGAAGCUUUAAUACCUUUGUUAAAUCAUAUGCACCACGGAAUUGAGCCAGUUGUCAGGUCACUCAUAUUCUUAGUACAAACAUUGCACAAACCAAUAUCAUCCGUCAAUGAUAUGUUGCCUAUUCUAAGGCAAUUAAAUGUACUCGCUACAAAGAAAACCAAUGAAUUUAGAGAUUUAGUGGGAGAAAAUUUGCACUCUUUAAUGUUCAUAAAUAAUAGUCAGGAAGAGGAAGAAUUAGUAUUCAACAUAACACAAAAUGUUCAAAAGAAAAGAAAACGACAAAAGCAAAAACUGUUGAAAAGUGUGAUUGUUAAUAUCUAA